CAAAUGUUGUAGAAAUCCCGUUCAGCAUAAAAGAAUAUGAAAAGAAUAAGAAACCAUCGAGAAAAAAACAUAUAUUUUCUCUAUAUGUGGAUUAUAUGGAUGGAAAUAAAAACCGCCCGGUGAUUGUUAUUCACCAUAUAAGGGGUGAAAAGGCUAAACUAAUAUCUAGAAAUAAAGUUAAAAUUAAACUUGGAUGGAUUAUAUUCGGACCACCAACAGACUUCAGUUUUAGUAUUAAAUAUCCACUAGUAUUCAAAAGCGGGAAAUAUCCGGCUUUUAGAGAAAAAGAUUAUCAUGUAAUAAACAACCAUGGCAUGUUUGGUACUUGCGUCUUAGAAGCAACUAAUAUUACACCGCAAGCAGAAAAUAGUUCAGAUGCAGUUACUAUCGAUAAAAUAAAAUAUAACCCAAAAGAUUCGUCCUUUGUUAUCGGCAAUUACAUUACACGUCGUCAAGAGUCUGUAUAUCAAGAUUAUUUUGUUUAUGACAUUAAUGAUGAAAAAGAGGUAACCGACGAAACAGUCUUGAAACGAUUGGCGUUAUACAGCUGGUCA